ACUAAUCCAGCCUUUGGCACUGUAUCUGUCACUGUCUACGGCUGGACGAUGCUGGGAGGCUUGGGGAAGCUGGCCGCUGAGGGCUUGGCCCACCGCACUGAGAAAGCCACUGAGGGAGCAGUUCAUGCAGUGGAGGAGGUGGUGAAGGAGGUGGUGGACACUGUCAAGGAGGCUGGAGAGAAGGUCGUUACCAAUGCCCUGAAGACAGCCCAAGAAUCAGGGGACAGAGUGGUGAAGGAGAUGAGCGAGAAGGUGAACCACACUGUUACCGAUGCUGUUAACCACGCUGUACAAAGCCUGGGUAAUCUGGGACAGUGAGACGGCCUGCCACCAUGCCCGGCCCUUCCUGAAUGUCAAUAAAAAGCGUGAAACGUGAA